AUGAAAUAGUCAAAACAACCUUAGAAUUAAGUUCAUGAUGAUUAAUUUUCUGGAUCCAAUACUCCAAAUGUUCAUGGAUUAUUUUUACCAUAAACGAUGACAAUGGGUGUAAUAUAAUUAAUAAAAUGAAAGUAAAUAUCCGAGGAUAGAAAAGGAGAAGAUUAAAGACUAAAAUUAAUUAGAGCAUCUACUGAUCCUUACGAAGCAUUUAAGGAUGAUGAUUUUUUAUAUCCAACUAAAGAAGAUGAAAUGAAUCUUUGGCAAAAAUAUUCUGGAGAUUAUAUAUAAGGAAUGCCUGUAUUACCAACAGGAAAAUGUAGUUUGUUUUGUAAUAUUGUUUGUUGUUUUUAUUUUCUUAUAUUUGGUUUAGUUUUUGUUGGAAUAGCUGGCAGUAUUACAGAAGUAAGAAUUAAAUAUAUAUUUAUGUAGAUUAGAUUAAAUUAUGGAAAAGAAUGCGAAGGUAAACAAUAAUGUAUUGUUGAUUUUAUUAUUGAAAAAAAUACCUAUGGACCAUUUUUUUUAUACUAUGAAUUAAAUGAAUUUUAUACUAGUCAUUCAGAGUAAGAUUAGAAGUUUUAACUAUUAGUUUUGCAUAAUCAAUCAGUCCAAAAUAGAUGAAGGGAUAUGAAUUAACUGAUGAAGAAUAUGAUGUUUAUUGUCCUGAUACAUAAUCAUUUCAAUCUCUUCAAAGACCUGAAGAAUUUAAUAAAAGUUAUGCUGGUUUUAUGAUAGACUUAAAUAAAAAAGUCAAUCCUUGUGGAAUAGCUGCCAAAUAUAUAUUUAAUGGUAUUUAUAUUAUUAAUUAUAUAGAUUCCUUUUUACUCUUUGAUCUUAAUAGUGAAGCUCCUGCACCUUUGGCUCUCAAUUCAACAGCUAUUGCUUUCUCAGUUGAUUUAGAAUAUAAAUAUUCAAGAACCUAAAAUUCAUAAUUUAGGUAAUGGUUAGAUCUAGAUGAUGGUAAUCAUAUUCUUAAUUAACAAUCUAGAAAAAAUCAUAAAUUGGUUUAAUAUUCAAUCUUUACCAUUGGUUAGAAAAUUAUAUGCUAGAUAUGAUAACGAUUUAUCAGCUGGAAAAUAUAGUAUUGUAAUUUAAAAUAGUAAUUUUAAUUAUAAUCUCUAUUAGAUUAUCCAACCUAAAUAUUUGGAGGAGAAAAAUACCUAAUAAUUACCACUCUAUCUUCAUUUGGUAGCAAAAAUUUUUCUUUUGGCUAUUUGCUUAUUGCAACUGCAGGUGUUUAAUUUUUAAGUGCUCUCAUUAUUUACAUUAAGCAUAGAAUUGUAGAGAAGAAAGAAAAACAUGAAUAAAAAAUACAUGCAGAUUUAAAACUUAAAGAAAAAUCCGAUUGA